AUGACAAAGAAAAGGGGCAGAAAACCUCCUCAGUCCUCUGGUUAAAAUUUAAUUAUCAGCACUCUGCAGCUGAGGUUUUAGUUUUCCAAAUUGUUACCCUUCUCACGGAAAAAAGAAAAGAAGUUUUGAAGAUUGUUACUGUUUCUGUGGUUAUGUAUAUGAUGGGAACUGAAGAUAAAACGCUGCUUUGUUACUGUCAUUGGGGAAGAAAGAAUAAGGUGCUACGAGAUGGAUCCAUUUUGUAUAUGGGAGGUAUUACUGAUCUGAUUAUUAUGAAGACAGGUAUAAAGUACAAUGAUUUUGUGAAUGCAGUUUUUGACCAAUUAGGCAUUGAUCCUUCAGAUAAGAUCUUGCAUUUUACAGUGAAGUUUGAUAGGUCCGAAUUGAUACGGCUGAGGGAUCAAGAAGGUGUCGAUACCCUGUUACAAUUUAACGAUGGUUUUGCUCAUGUUUAUGCAUCGAGUUUGAAAAAGGAGCUUUAUUUUAGACUGCCCUCAUGUGCCCUGGAAAAAGUUGAACUUAUUGGAAAAGCAAUUUCUGAUAGUAAUCCUGCACAGGUGUAUGAUUAUCCUGAUCCUCAAUUCAGUGAUUUUGACAAGCAUAAAGCAGAUAAUUGCUUUGCAGUUGACCAAAUCUGGGCGUGCUAUGAUACGGAUGAUGUUAUGCCAAGAUUCUAUGUCCACAUUAGGAAGGUAUCCAUUCCUGAAUUUAAUGUGAUUUUCAGUUGGCUCGAGCCUCAUCCACAAGAUCAAGAAGACAGAGCUUGGGUCAGGGCAGAGUUGCCUGUUGCCUGUGGGAACUUUAAACAUGGGUGUACUGAUUCCACUUCUGUUCGACUUACAUUUUCUCAUCAAGUUCAGUGCGAAAUGGGCAAGAGAGGUUUGUACGUUGUAUAUCCUAGGAAAGGGGAAGUGUGGGCACUUUUCAAGGACUGGGAUAUUUGUUGGAGCUCCGAUCCAAAGAACCAUAGGAAGUACAAGUAUGUAGUUGUGGAGAUUCUUUCUGAUUAUGUUGAGGAUGUUGGUGUCCAAUUUGGUUACUUAGAUAAAGUGACUGGUUUUGUUAGCCUUUACGAGCGAACAAGGAUUACUGUAUCUGGUACAUUCUUCGUAAAGCCAAAUGAACUUUACAAUUUCUCUCAUUGAAUUCCCUUUUUCAAAAUGACUGGAACUGAAGGAGAGGAUGUACCAGUGGGAUCGUUUGAACUUGAUCCUGCUUCUUUACCCCUUGAUCCAGAUGAUAUUUGGUACCCUGGCAAAGUUAAGGAAGAAAGCAGGACUUCAAAUUCUCAACUCUUAGCAUGUAUCAGCAAGGAUCAGAGAACACCUGAGAAUGUGACGACGUCUCUGAAGUCUGGGAACUUGAAAGGCAUUCAUGCUACUGAUGGAGAGUCUUCUAUGGAGGUUGACUUGGAACUGAGAUUAUGGUGUGAUGGGACUCAAGAAUGAAUUGGUUCUCCUGGAUUUAGAGAAACUUGGAACUGAAAUAUUUCUUCCUCUGUUGCUACAUUAACACACAUUUGGCCUUUUCUUCUCAACAAUUUCUUGCUUGAUGAUUAAGAUAGAACACAACUAUAGAGAGGUUAAUGCAAUAGCACACAUGAAUCUGGAGUUUUUGGAAGUCCCUCCCCAUUUUGUAAUAGAGUAGGUUUAUACACCCAAGAUUAUCAAGGCUUUAAUAUAGUAGGAUAGUCCCUACGUUUUUGUAAAGACUCUAAUUAUAUAUAUAAUUAUCCUUUUAAGCAAAAAAAGGAGAAGAUUAGAAGGAUCUGUAGACAUGACAGAUUCUUUGUCUUCCGCUUUACUCCAGUGAAGGUGUUCUUCGCCCGAAUUCGCAGAUGGUGUCAUUGUAAAUCUUAAUAUACGCCGUUGUAGUUAAUAGAAUCGCUGGCACUGGGGCCGAACACUUUUGUCUGGAAUGAUGUGGUUGCUGGAACAUGUAGUGAGGAUGUCAACGGACAAGCUUGUUCUUUUAGAAGGCAUCUGUUGUUGUAAUCUAUCGUAUUUUGCCAGGGAAAUGGUAAACUUGAAAGUUUCAGCCUUUCAGGCUUGUCUUAUUUUCACUUACUGUAAUCAUUCAACUUGAAUUUGGAAUUGAAUGACGUAGUGACUUGGGUGAGAUUGACAGUUGAUUUCUUUGAUGUUCAUUGAUUUCAGUGGCAGAAAAUGAUGAUUUCCGAAUAAAGAUUGAGAAACCAAAUAACUAAAGUGUCUCUUGGUUUGUAUUGAGAAACCGGAAAUCCUGAAAUAAAGGUAACUUAAAAGAAGGUUGGAAGAGACCAAGAACACAAGUUGAACCCC